CCAUUGGUCAAGAAGAUUAUCAAUUCGGGCACGUUUGGGUCUGGCGCGGUCAAGCAUGCGCCGACUGCGGUCUCGAAGGCUACCGUCACUCCUGCAAGCCCCACAAAGCCUACCUCUGCCACAUCAUCGCUCAGGAAUCCACUAGUGGUCCAUCUGCCGCGCGAAACCGACCAUGCCGCCCAAGACCAGCACCAGCGGCGUCCCAGCUCCGACGACCGCUGCCGCGCGGCGUCAGUCUGUUGUGCCCAAGGCACCGACUCCCACUACGGGCAAGGCACCCGCGCCCAGUGCAAGCAGGGCGACUCCCAGCGGAGGGCGGGCAUCCUUGGCUCCAUCGGCUGCUACUAGGCCCGCGGCGUCGACGACGAAGCCCGCUGCAGAUGCUCACGCAGCGGCACCCCGUCCUCGGGCUUCCGUCAGCGGUGAGGUGAAGAGGACUGCCACGACAGUCUCCCGCGUCAGUGCUGCUUCUUCCGCGCGACCGCCCAGUACGGCAUCUACGAGACCGGCCAGGACUCCCGGCUCUGGCUCUAUAUCUUCCCUUAAGGAGGUUGUCAAGGAUGAUGGAAAGAGCAAGGCUGUCGAGGAGCUGCAGGAGAAGCUGAAUGACGCAACCACGUCGCUCGCAUCCAAGACCGAAGCAGUCGCUGAGCUCGAGAACCAGGUCACCACUCUGAAGUCAUCUCUGGAGACUGCCUGGCGGAUAUCGAGACGAAGCAAUCCACGCUCCAGGCGCUCGAGGAGGCGAAGAGUGAGACGGAGAAGGAGUUGGCUGCCGCUCGUGAGAGUCUGGCGUCGGAAUCUGGGAACACGACACUGGACACAGUCCAGACAGAGCUUGAGGAGGCCAAGUCAACUCCGCAUCUCUCAAGAGCUCGUUGAGACCCUGCAGUCACGAAUUGGGGACCUUGAGACCGAGGUUCAGGCCGCUCAGGAGAACCUCGUAGUCCUGCGCUCGUCUUCCGGAGAGGUGUCCGAGGCGGUUGCCGCUGCUGCCGAGGUCGAACACGCCGCUCUGCUCAAAGCGAAGGCCGACCUUGAAGCGAUCCAGGCCGAAGUCGAAAGCCUGAAGGUCGCCCGCGAUCAGGCUGCUGCCGACGCCGAGGCGAAGAUCGCCGCUCUCCAGGAGCAGGCUUCGCGCCUGGAACCUCUUGAUGCUCAGGUUGCGGAGCUCAAGACUGAGAACGAGGAGAAGUCUACCAAGAUUUCCGAGCUCGAGAUCGAGAUCUUGGAGCUCAGGGAGGAGCAGGAGAAGUCGGAGGACGAGCGCACCCAGACCUCCGAGCGCAUCAAGGCGCUGGAGGAUGACCUGAAGAAGGCCGAGGAGGCUGGUCGCCAGGCCGUCGAGGAGGCAAACGCGAAGGCAGCUGACGACCUCGCCAAAGCGAACGAGGAGAAGGCCCAGCUACAGGCGGAGAUCGGACAGCUUGGGGAGCAGAUCGACAAGCUCACCUCUCGCUGCAAUGAGCUUGAAAGUCAGUUGUCAGGGGCUGUCGCAGCUCAGGAGGCCACGACGGCAGAGUUGGCGAGCCAGAGCGAGGCGCACAAGGCUGAGCUCGAGAGCCUUCAGACAUCGUUCCAGGAGAAAGAGAACAAAUUACAGGAGGAACACAAGACCAUUUCUGCAGAGCUCGAGAGCCAGGAAUCGAAAUACAAUGCUAAGGUCGAUGAUGUGAAGGCAGAACAUGCCAAGCUCUUGGAAGAGGCAUUCGAGCGCGCCAAGAACGAGGCGGGUUCUGCUCACAGCCAGGAUCUGCAGGCGCUUCGGGCUGAUUCUCAGGUCACGAUCGAGCAGCUCCGUGUCGCUCAUCAGUCGACCAUCGAAGGCCUCAAGGCCGAGCACCAGGCUGAGCUGGAGAGCCAAGUGAAGUCUCUCGAGAAGCAAAUCACCAAGCAGGCUCUCGACUUGAAGGCCACGCAGGAGGACCUCGCAAAGGCGAAGGGCGCCGUUGCUUCCUCCAGUGCCGAGUUGGAGUCUCUGAAGCUCCAGCUUGACGAAGCUCGCGCGGUCGCUGCGGCUGUCGAUAAGACCGACAAGGACGAGGUGAUCGUUCGCCUGCAGAAGGAGCUCUCAAAUGCUCGGGAUGAUCAUGCUGCCCUCACCGACAUGUUCGUCGCUACCAAAGACUCACUCACAGAGGUAUCCAAAAAUCACGUGAAGGAGCUGGAGGAAGGCGCGAAGGGCCGUGCGGAGGAGGUUACCAAACUUCGCGCUGCGCACCUGGAGGAGAUCUCGGCUUUGACAAGCGAGAAGUCCGAGCUCCAGACGAAGCUGUCUGAUCUCGAGGGUGAGCUGGCGACCAUCAAGGCGACGUUGGCGACCGAGACGGUAUCCUCGCCGAAGAGCAACGGAUCCGCGCACGCGCGCACGCCCAGCGUGUCCCGAGAUGAGCUGCAGCGACUCCACGAGGCUCACAACCUCAAGAUUCACGACAUUCAGGCAGAGCACGAGCGAGGAAUGAGGGCGCUGAAGGAGCAGUGUGAGCUCGCGGUGGCCAAGGCCAACGAACUUCAACAGGAAGUCGAGCGCAAGGCCAUGGAAAUCCAAUACCUCGAGACCGACCAGGAGGACAGCCAGGACCAGAUUACACGGUAUGUAAAGAUUUUCGGACUGAAGAGUUUCCUCGGGGCUAUGUGCACGCUGGCCGUCAUAUACGGACUAUUCUGAUUGCGUUGAUUCUCAACCGAUCCGCUGACACUCGUUUCCACUCAUCUCAC